UUUCAAACAAAAGGUGAAGUGGACUGGGUACAACACGUGAAUGAUACUACUUUUUAUGCAUUUUCAACGGCAUCUGAUUGCAUCUAUAUUUACGACUUUGACUCGGUACAUCCUGAAACAAUAGCUCUACCCCAACAACUCGGUCGCUCAUUAUCAAUUAGUAAACCUACUUGUUUCAUCUAUGUUGAUUUUGGAAAUGACCUUGUUACUGAAUUGGACCCUGUAUUUGCUGAUCACUUUGGCAUUAACUGGUAUGACUAGAAAAAAAAAUUAUAAAAUACGAAUAUUGAUUCUUUUUCUUUUUAGGCAAAAUGGUGUUUUUCUUGGUUUUGAAAAUGGAUGUAUCUUCUUUGUACCAUGUCGUGAUGUAUUGAAUGAUACAGCAAUGAUAUUACAACUACAGUUUGAAUCCAUCGCUGGUAUCCAUGCUUGUCAUCUUACUUCUACUACUAAUGUUGCUACUGCUGAUUAUAUUAGAGCCAAGGAUACGCUCAUAGUUGCUGGGUCGAAAGGUACAAUUCAAAUUUAUAUCAAGACAGCUUUAGAAGAUGCUCGACAGAUUAUUCUGUUUAAAGAGUUCACAUUACCUUCAUCAGUGAUAAGUAUAUCGUUUAUUAAGGGAACAUGCUCAGCACUAGUUUUUUGUACAAAUAACUCUUUAUACAAGGUGAACUUUACUCAAACAAUAACCAAAGGUCCACCAAAAAAACAAGAUGUCACAAUGGAUCUUAUCCUUCUUCAAUCCCCAAACGAUAUAUACCAACUACAAUCUGUCAAGCAACACCAGAACAUCCUUACCUAUCAAGCUAUAUCCAAAAAUGGAAAUUUAUCUAGUGUGCAAGUUGAUUUCGAUUCUUCCCCAAUCACAAUCACUCGCAGCUCCGAUGAGUUGAAAAAAGCUAUUGAAAACACGUUAACUGAAUUAUCUCAAAUGGAAACAAAUCAAAAUAUCUUGGAUGCAUAUCACGAGCAAAUCAAUCAACAAUUGAUGUUGAUGAAUAAGACUCUAUAUACUUUACAGAAUUCGAAUUUGAAAAAGAAAAAAAAUCAUGGCAGUUGUGAAGAUUUUGAUUUGGAUAUCCAGCCUUUGGUAAGGUCUGCCCCUUUUACAGGUCAUCAACAACUCUUCCUUCGUGUACAGAUACGAACAAAAUUACUUUUAAAUUGGACUAGUUGGCAAUUGAACAUCGAUAUAUGUCAUCAACCUACUCUUAUGGAAGAAUCCAACGCGCAAUCUUCUGGUACAUCUGAAUAUAGUCUUGGAAAAUCAUUCUAUAUACCUCUUGAUACAAUGGAAAACGAGGAAGAUAAUGUGGGCGGUAUCAUACAAAUAUGGGAACGUGAUAUAGAAUUGGAUGCCCGUCAUUGUAUUCUACCAUUGAACGUAAAUACAAGUCUGACUAUGAACAUGGGAUCACUUGAAAAAUUGGAUGAAGAUGAAAAUGUACCAUUCCUGGAAUAUCUUCCAUCAAGUAGCAAUGCCACUAAUAGUGGUAUUACUUUCCAUGUAUCCUUUACGACAUUAGAUCAUUUACAUUUUGCAACGCCACUUUCAAGUUUUAGACUGAAAAAAUUGAAGCAAAGUAGUAUUAAGGAUGUAACAAAAUACAUGCAAUCGAAGUUGAAGGAAUCAAGAUCAGGCAAUUUAUAUGUACUGAAUGAUAAAAUCCCACUAGACACAAUUUACCUAGAACAUUCAACUGUGCAAUUACGUUUCGUGACACCAGAAAAUAACGAUGACUUGUACAGAUCAAUACUGAUGACAUUACUUUCUGAAGGAAAAUCAAGAGAAGAUAUUUGCAGAAUCAUAGACAAUGCUGAGAGCGCCUAUUUCACCUUAGCGACACAUCCCACUUACCCUGUUGCUAUCACACUCUCCAAAGUCCCUGGUCCAAUCAAAGAGGAUUUGUAUGUUAUUAUCCAGAUACAAUGUAUCAACCCGCUUGUUUUGGUCCAGAUAGAGGCAUCUCUAUUAUCAAGAUUGCAACCAUAUAUUCUAGAAGAAAAGGAUGAUGAACUUCAAAAGCAACAUACAACAUCUUCUUAUCAAAUCCAACAACAACUUGAUGAUAAAUUGGCAUCACUGCAAACACUUUAUCGAAAACAGUAUCAAACAGGUAGCCAGACUAGACUUAUGGAGGAACUACAAGCUACUUUGGAUAUAUCACGACAACUGCAAAACGACACAUGGUUACCGAUUCACAAUUUUAGUAUAUAGUUUUAUGUUUUCUUCUCAUUCUCAAUGGAAAUUUUUACUUCAUAUGUAUAUUUAAUAAACUGUUUGUAUUUUUAUUGUAUGUAAAUCCC